AUGAAUCUUUUUAUUUAUGUCCUACUUUUACCCAUUUGGACAAAUACUUGUUUAAAUACAAACCAAAGUGAUGAACUGUCUACUACAGGAGUCAAGCACCGUGAAUCAAUGGAGACCAAAAUGGACAAUUUUAGGAGACAUCUACUCGUUACCAUAAUUGGUGUUAUGAUCAUAGCUUUUGUUUAUACCUGUUUUUGCUUUCUCCAUUAUUACUGUACGAGCGAUGAUGCCCCCGAAGCAGGAACGGUCAAGAAAGAAGGUGUAAUGGCCAAGUCAUCCAGGUCAUCCAAAAUAUCAUUCAGUGACUCCAAGACAGUUAGUCUGUGCAGUCCAGAAAAACAAUCCAUGCUAUCUGGUAUAGACAAGCUAUCUGGGCUCUCAAGUUCAGGAAAGGCAUCCAUACCAUCCAGUGCAGAAAAGUUAAUCAGGCCUUUGAGUCAAGAAAACUCACAUAAGCCAUCAAGUCCCAAAAAAGUAUUCCGAUCAUCCCACCAGGAAAAGUCACAGAAACGCAGUCUAGAAAAGGCACGUAAGCAGGCUCAUGCCCAUAAGCUAGUCAAUCAAGAAAAAUGCCUUGUUUGCAGAGCUGCUUCUGAGUUUUUCGUCAAUAAUACUUCAGAGGUGAAGAAGAAGAACACUCAAAACCCACCUUUUCCAUGCGAACUGAAGCCUUUUUCCAAGUCCUUUCAUAAGAUAGAUUCCAGACACAAUGCACUCUGUGGCAAUGCGAAUGACAGUGAUAUGAUGACAUACUACAGUGAUGGUGACAGUGACGAAGAGAUAACCAUUAUCUGCAACAUAAAACGCAAGGAAGUCAUCCAUAAAACCAUCCAUGAAAUAAUUAAGGGCUCAAUAAAAAUUAAAACCACCCAUGAAGAAGCAAACUUAUACCAACUGUUUUACGCUCACCAUCCUUUAAGACACUGA